AAUAUAUAUUUCUAGUUCAACUUCCUCUUCAUAGAACCGCGUUGUACUUUUAUUUAGAAAAAUGGCUACUAACAUCACUUGGCACGAAAACCUCACGCAUGACGAAAGAGCUGCGCUUAGAAAGCAAAAGGGUGUCACAGUGUGGCUCACCGGGUUAUCAGCUUCUGGAAAGUCAACCAUUGCAUGCGCAUUAGAACAGUCUCUUCUUGCACGUGGUCUCAACUCGUACCGUCUUGAUGGAGAUAACGUUCGUUUUGGUCUUAACAAGGAUUUGGGGUUCAGUGAAGCUGACAGAAAUGAAAACAUUAGAAGAAUUUCUGAAGUUGCAAAGUUGUUCAAUGAUUCCUGUUGUGUCACUUUGACCUCUUUCAUUUCUCCAUACAGACAAGAUCGUCGUUUGGCCAGAGAAUUGCAUGAAAAGGAUAACUUGGCCUUUGUUGAAGUUUAUGUUGAUGUUCCAGUGUCGGUGGCUGAACAAAGAGACCCUAAGGGUCUUUAUAAGAAGGCCAGAGAGGGGAUCAUCAAGGAGUUCACUGGGGUCAGUGCUCCAUAUGAAGAGCCAGAAAAGCCAGAAAUCCAUUUGAAGAAUUAUGAAGGUGUUUCUGUUGAAGAUGCUGCCAACCAAAUCAUUGAGUACUUGGCUGAGAAGAAGUAUAUUUAAAUUGUAUAGUUAAAGAGAG